CAGGGCACUAUCAACAAGAAUAUUCAACGCUACGACGUGACAGCCGUCUACACUCAUCCCCAGGCCAAGGUCGACAUCAUCUUGAUCCACGGCCUCAAUGGCAACCCUACCAAGACGUGGACGGCCGGCAAUGGUGUCUACUGGCCGACAGAUCUACUUCCAAAGACUCUGGAGGAGGAUGGAACACAGGCCAAUAUUUUCGUUUACGGCUACAAUGCAGAUGUUGCAGGCAACAAAGACAAGAAGCCCAGCACAAACUUUAUCCAUGAGCACGCACAAACCCUAGUCAGCUACCUCACCUCUUUUAGAAAAAGGCGCAAGAGCCAGAGAAAUCCCAUCAUCUGGGUGGCUCACAGUCUCGGCGGCAUCCUCCUUAAGCGGGUCCUGGAGCAUUCGGACCACGUGAGGGCAUCAGCUCACGAGGACGACCGAGCCAUCUACGUUUCAACUUAUGCCAUCGUAUUCCUGGGCACCCCCCACGAAGGCAGUGACCUCGCAAGAUGGGGCGAGGUUCUCCAGGGCAUGGUUGGCCGUGUGCCUCGCAGACUCUUUGACUCUGAGCCUAUCCUCAUCAAGACCCUGCGCAAGGAUGGCGAGACGCUCGCCAACAUCAAUGCGAACUUCAUCAACAUCCAGCAGCGAUUCAAGAUCCAUCUGGUCCACGAGAACCAAAAGACGGACCUGAAAGGCACAAUGUCCCUGAUCGUGGAUUCCAAAUCCGCGGCCCCAAAGUGGUACAACACCACUUCCUACGGCAUAGAGGCAGACCAUUCCGGAAUGUGCAAGUUUGCCAGUGUCGAUGCCCCAGGAUAUCGACAAAUCACCUCAGUCAUGACAGAUUGGGUCAAGGAGUCACCCGAAGUCAUCAUGUACCGCUGGCAGGUCGAGGACCAAGACCGCAGAAUCCGCGCCCAAGUUGAGUUGAAUGAGAGAGCAAGGCCAUUCGUAUGUUUGAAUCCCUUUUCAUCCAAAUGCACAGGUGUUCCCUUCAGAUAA